UGUGUCCGAAGAAUGAAGGAAUUGGCAGAGAGUGGAGGGUGUGCAGAUUUAUUUACACGAGACUGAAAAGUUUUGUUUUGCUUAUUCAUUCAUGCAAAUGUGACCUGACCGUCUGCAGAAAAGUUCCCUUUGGAGUCAUGUCGUGUGAGAAGGGUGACGGAGACCCCAUGGAGGAUCCCCUCUUCAUCUUGGAGAGUGGCGAGGUGUACAGGAACCCCACAGAGGUCAAGAUGAGCCAGAUCGUGAUGCCCUGCCACGCCAACCACUGUGGAGAGCUCAGCGUAGGACAGCUGCUCAAGUGGAUGGACUCCACAGCCUGCCUGUCUGCUGAAAGACAUGCUGGGUCUCCCUGUAUUACUGCCUCUGUUGACGACAUCCACUUUGAGCACACUAUAGGAGUCGGACAGGUUGUUAACAUCAAGGCAAAAGUGAACAGAGCCUUCACAUCCAGCAUGGAGUCUGCCUGGUGUCAUGAUAUGAUGCCACGUGGGCCCUAUCCGCAGGUGGGCAUCACGGUAAGCUGUGAGGACCUGUUCAGUAGCUGCCAGUGGAAUGUGUGCAAUGCCUUUGCCACCUUUGUGGCUCGACGUACUGAGGAGGGGAAGGUGCAGCUGAAGCAGGUGAUUCCGCGGACGCAAACAGAGCAGAUGGAGUACAGCAUCGCGGCAGAGAGAAGGAGGAUGAGACUGACUCAUGCUGAGAUCAUCACAGACCUACUGAGCAGCAACACAGCUCAACUAGGAGAGUGUCAGGAAUACCAGGGUGCGGUGUCAGCAGAGCGAACCCGGGUGGAGAGCGUGGAGCUGGUGCUGCCGCCCCAUGCCAACCACCAGGUCAGCACCUUCGGUGGUCAGAUCAUGGCCUGGAUGGAGAACGUGGCCACCAUCGCCGCAUGUCGUCUGUGUAACGCUCACCCCACUCUGAGGACCAUAGACAUGUUCCACUUCCGGGGCCCGUCUCACAUCGGUGACCGGCUGGUGCUAAAGGCCAUUGUUAACAAUGCCUUCAAACACAGUAUGGAGGUGGGUGUAUGUGCAGAGGCCUACCAGGGUGCGGGUGUGUUGCGGCACAUCAACAGCGCCUUCAUGACCUUUGAGGUGCUGGACAAGGACAGGAAGCCACGUACAUUACCCCGGAUACGACCCGAACCUGUGGAUGGGAAGAGACGCUAUCAGGAGGCUAUUGCUAGGAAGAAGAUCCGUCUGGAUAGAAAGUACAUAAUCUCCUGCAGGCAAACGGAGGUUCCUCUGUCUGUGCCCUGGGACGUCAGCAACCAGAUGUAUCUCAGCUACAACAAUGUGUCUGCACUGAAAAUGAUGGCUGCUCGAAGCAACUGGAUGUUAAGCUCUGAGAAAAAUAAGGUCAGUCUGUACACGCUGGAGGAGAACCAGAUACUGUGUUUUAAAGUGGAGACUCAUGUCACUGUCCCUGCUGAACAAGCGUUCCAUCUGCUCUCAGACCUGCGCAGGAGACAUGAGUGGGACAGGCAUUACCAAAAAUGUGAUGUGAUCAUCCAGGCAGAUGAGGAUGACACUAUCUACCGCGUGGCCACUCCGUGUGUCAGUAAGGGGGGGAAGGGCCAGGACUUCAUCCUUCUGGCCUCCAGGAGGAAGCCCUGUGACUCCAGGGACCCGUACCUGAUUGCCCUGCGCUCUGUCACCCUGCCGACCCACCCUGCCACUGAGGACUACACCCGGGGGGAGGUUCUCUGUGCCGGCUUCAGUAUCUGGGAGGAGUCCAAUGCUGUCACCAAGAUCUCCUACUACAACCAAGCCACACCAGGAGUCCUCCCUUACAUCUCCAACGACAUUGCAGGCCUUUCCUCCAGCUUCUACGGCACCUUCCACUCCUGCAACAAGUACCUGGAGGAGAACAGAGACAGCCUGGUCGUCCUGCCCCCCUCUGACCUGUGACCGAAUGGUUUCAUCAUGCUGGCCCAGCACCUCCUACCCUAUGGGGCAGCAGGGUAGCCCAGUGGUUAGACCAGCAACCGAAAGGUUGCAAGUUCAAA